AUGAACUAUCCCUGGCGACCAGCUACAGCUCGAAAUAUACAUGCCGAUUCUGCGGCUUCAAAACCAUCCUUACCUAGUGAUCGACCCUCUCGCAAUCUUCCCAUCACAGUGGGAACUGUUGCUUCACGUAUCUUAUUACUUCAAAAGCUUGCGGGCAACCAAAAAAAUAAAUCACCACCGAAAACCCCUUCACGCUUUCCACAAAUCCGAUCUCCGUCGAAAACAAGACGAGAAAGGAGCAGCAAAUCACCUCAUCGAUCACGAUCCCCCCCUCAGUUUCGACCGCAAUUGAAUAGGAGACGAGAAAAUUCUCGUUCGAGCUUCGGUCGUCGACCUACGAAUCUCUUUGGGAACCCGGCGUCGAGAAAUUCGCAACCAAGUGAACAGUUGCAAACGGGGACGAAUCAUUCUUUCUUGGGUUUGAGAACACCGAGAUCGAAUCAUGAUGAGGGGCAAGCUAGAGCGGGGAAUGUGGGUGCAUUAAGGGUUAGUGGGGAUGUUGGACCUUCGUUGAGUGGCUUGCGGGGCUUGGAUCGGGAAGAUGCGAUGGAUAGUGGAUGGGCUCCUAUUGUUGAUACUUUGAAGAUGUCGAGGAACGAUCUAGGGCGAAGGACUGCUGGCCCCAAGGUAGAUUUACACAGGGGCGUUCAGACUUUUGGGGAUGACUAUAGCACAGCACAAGCGCCAUCUACUGCUCAAUUAUCCUAUGAACAGAACCUAACACUGAAUUCUCGUCGUCAGAGAGAGAAAAUACGGCAAGAUGAGAUGUCUAAUUCUGAGGUAUCUACUCGUACAACGUCUACACUUCAGCGACAGAGUGUUCGAGAUUUGUAUGCUAAACAUGGAAUUGAAAGGCCACCUGGACUCGCAUCAUCUGAAAUUGCGCGGGAAGAAAUCAAUAGACCUCAGAGACAUAGCGUCUGUCAUAUUUGCAUGUGGAUUCAUGAUAAGAAUGAAAAUACCUGUUGGAAAUGUGGUCAUCGAUUAUGCAGAGCUUGUGAUAGACUUCUGCCUUUUUCUCAUGGGGGUAAAGAUACAAGUUUUGAUUACGACCGAGGGCUUUCUAUUGAUCGGAAAGAAGCGUCGAAACCACUGCAUUAUGUAACAACACCACGACCAUCAAAAGGUCAAAUUACAAAGCAAUCACUGUCGAGGCCUCUGCCGGUUCCAAUACAGAAAGUUCAGAAAGAGGUCCGUCCGACGGAGCCUUUUCCGUCGUUCUAUUCCAAGAACGCUCUGCCACAAAACUCAAAGCUUGGUUCUGGUUUGGAUCCGUCGAAUUGUGAGCAAUUACAAUCGUGUCCUGGUAUCUACAAACCCGAGCGCCCCCAAAAGUUCUCAACUAAAUUUCAGGAGACCUCUCAAGAAAAUUCCAUGCUUCCUACACCAAAUUUUUCCUCCCAGUAUGUUGCCAGCGAACAUAGAUCUGACUCGGGAUCAUUGGAAACACACGACUGCAGAUGUAGAAGCUGUCAACAAACUGAACAUGAGAGUUUUGUCUGCCGACAUUCUACUUCUCAAUCACUUGCCCGAAGUGAGGAUAUUAUAGCUAUGGAUGGUCGCUAUACAACUGACAGUAUUAACGACGAAAACAUUUAUCGCUCGCUUUCUUAUCCUGACUCCUCUAAAACUUCACAGCCUUCUUUGAGAUUUUAUCGAUUAUUGAAUGGAUCUAUACACCGAGCAAUACAACUCAGCCAUGAAUCGGACCAGGAGGAAAUCCCACGGACUUCAAUGAGACCAGAUCCAUUUUCGAAUAACACAAUCUGUCGGACUACACAAGCUACUCAUAGAGUGAAUCGCAGAAGCCGUACAGACAACACACAGAGGACAGAAAGCUCGUAUCGUAUGUUCAAUGGGACAACCUAUCAACCAAUACAACCCAGUUUUACAUCGGAUAAUGUGGAAAAGUCGAAACUCCUAAAUAAUUAUUAUCCAUUUCUCAAUAAUUCGAAAUAUGGAAAACGUUCGUCGAGAUAUGGAUCAGAUUAUGUAGAAUGUCAUGGGUACCCUAGGACUGGUCAUGGGCAUUGCGAUCGCAGUCCUGUUAGUUCGGGUAUUUUAGGGGACUGCCAACAUUGUCUUGAUGAUUGUGAGUGUUCUGCAUGCCAGAGCACAGUUCAUAGUGUUCGAUGUUGUACAAAUGAAGUUCAUAAACCUAUGAUACAUCUUCAUCGUAGUCCAGCAAAGGUCUCGUUAAAUGAUGCAUUCAAUUCGAAUACUGGACAUCUUAGCUCGAUGCAGGAAAAGAAACCUUAUAUCUUAUCUCACUCUCAGACUUAUGAUCGUUCGACCGUUCAUAAGUAUGAUAGUGUUUCGGAAUGGUUGGGGAGUCCGGAUGAGCCUUCGCCGCAUCGAAGAUUGGAUACCCCGACUGAUACGCCGUCGAAGACUCUUCAUGUUGCAAGAAAUAAUCCAUCAAUUGCUAUUAAGCAAGCUAGCAAUUCGUUAUCGAUGGCUCGAAGUCCGUCACCUUGGGCUUCAGCAUCGAUUGUCCCGAAGGUUAUAGCACCGCUAGUGAAAGAAACUUUCAACAAAGCUUCAGAGAAUACUUGUUCAAAAAUAUCCGUGAACCCAAACAGACCAUCGUUAAGUGAUGGGACGAAAGACCAAUCCGUAGCACCCGCAAGACCAAACCCUCGUUUUCCCACGAAUUCUUCUCCGGGCUACUUUUCAUCCAAUCCAUGGCGAGAUAAAGAAGCAGUUAAUUUCCCCAAAAAUUAUCUCUAUUGGAAACAAAUGUCGAAAUCUCCAUUCCAGCAAGUCGCCAGACGUUCAACGGAUUGCGAAACGUCGGAUGUUUGUGGACAAUCGGAAUGGGCGGGACGGAGACGCAAGAGCGAGGAUGAGAUUUCAAGGAGGAAGAGGAAGGAGAGGCUGGGACGGGAACAGGAACAGGUAAGGAAUAAGGUCCAGAAGUGGGAGGAUAGGAGGUCGGAGAGUAGGAGGGGGGUGAUGAGGAGAGUGGGGGUGGUGAGGGAUAGUGUUGGUGUUAAUGGUGGUAGUGCUGGUGCGAGUGAGAUGGUAACACCGGUUAGCGCGGGGGGAUAUUUUGAUGCGCAGAUGAGGUGGUUGUCGAGUGGGAGUGAGAGGGGGAGGGGUAAUGGUUUGAAAGGGGUUAUGGGGUCGAUUUUGGAGGAAGAGGGGAAUGGGGAGCUUGGCGAGGAGCAGGAGCAGAAAGGGGAGGGUGAAGAUAGUGAUGGUGAGAAGCAUGAUUGUGUUUGGAAAAGGAGGUUUUUGGGGUUUGAUGAGGGGAGGAGAGUUGGUAGAUUGAGAAAUGUAAAUACAAAUGAAAGUCUGAGAGAAGAAGGGGGAGAAGGAGUGAAUGGGGCCAAGGGGGUUACGAUUGUGAUUCAUAUGGAGAAUGCAGAGGAUUUGGUUUUGAGGACAAAUUGUCAGGGAGGCUUGAGUUGGGAGGGGUUAGAGAGGUUGUUGAGGGUUGAGAGGGGGUUUGAGGGGUAG